CCGGCGAGGCCGCUUGGCCUUGGCUGACCCCUACGCAUCGCAUCGCCCAACCAUCGGCUGAGCUGUGAUGUGCACCGGACAGUUACCACCGCUGCACCGCCCCCACUCCAUUCUCCUUCUCCCUCCAUUUAUAACCUCUCACCGCACCUCCGCUCCUCUCUCCACCCUUCUUCUCCUUCCCACCACCACCGCCACUUCACUGGAGCCCGGUCAACCAGCUCAAGGAACAACCCAGCGUAGCAGGCGCCUGCCAUGGACGACGACUUCGACAGCACCUGCUCCACCCCUUUCGCCAGCGCGCCAUCCAGCCCUGGCCGCCCCCCCGCCAUCGGCGGCUACUUCUUCAGCGCGCCGGCCAGCCCCAUCCACCACCUUCUCUUCUCGUCCUCCUCCUCAGCCUCGACCGCACCCGGCGCUGGCCGUGGGUGUGCGGGCGACGCGGAGUUCGAGUUCGGCGGGCCCGGCGGGCCUAUGAUCUCCGCCGACGAGCUCUUCCUCAACGGCCAGAUCCGGCCGCUCACCCUGUCCCCGCUCCCGGAUCUCGACCCCGGCUGCGACGACAACGGCGGCGACCGUGCGCCGGCGCGCGGCCGCGACCUCACGCCGCGGAGCGGAUCCGUACACCGCCGCUCGCGGUCCAUGUCCCCGCUCCGCAGCGCGUCCCCGCGGCUCAAGCUGUUCAAUGCGCUCGUUCCAGCGCCGGAUCUCGGCCCCGCCUCCGAUAAGGCCGGGGCGCAGGAGGCCGCGCCGCCGGUCACCGCUUCGUCGCGCUCCUCCUCGUCGUCCUCGUCGUCCUCCUCCUCGUCAGCCUCGUCGUCCGGCCGCGGCGGGUCGCGGCGUUGGCUGUUAAUCAAGGACAUGCUCCUCCAUCGCAGCAAGAGCGAACCCGGCAGCGGUGCCGCCCACGCGCACGACGGCCACGCGGCAUCCGCUGGCGCCAAGCCCGAACGAGCGUGGCCGUUCUCGCCCUCAUGGGCGUCCAGGGACAAGGUCGCCGCCAAGCUCCGCCCCGCACGCCCACCACCGGUGACGGAGGCAGCUGGCGGUAGUGGCGAGGAUGCCCGGACGCGGGGGAGGGGGAAGGGCAGGCGGCGCUCCACGACGGUGGCUGCGGCCCACGAGAGGCUCUACGCGGCGCCGAACCGGGCGCAGGCGGAGGAGAUGCGGCGGCGCACGUUCCUUCCCUACAGGCAGGGCCUCCUCGGCUGCCUCGGGUUCAGCUCCCGCGGCUACGGCGUGCUCCACGGGCUCACCAAAACCCUCAACCCCGUCUUCCCCCGGUGAAAAGUUGCAGUGCCCCGCAAAAUGCUUCUUCCCCGGAAAAAGGAAUAUGGAAUCAGAGAGCAAAUCAAGAUCUUGGUAAAAAAGUUCUUGGUUGCUUUGAUUAGCACCUGUUCGUCAUGUAUGCGAGCAAUUUUUUACCCUCCUUUUUUUCGGUUUUUUUUUUUUGCGUGCGUUUUCUAUAGGCAAUGUAGCAGUGUGAGUGAGUUGUCCCCUUCUCGUUCGUAGAGGAUGUAGUUUGUGGAUGGUCACAUCGACCUGAGCAUCCGAGAGACGCAGUCGAUAAAUAUGGCGCGAAGGAUGAUAGUUUUACGUAUCCAAGUAAAAAGCAUGUACUACUGCAGCAACGUUAUUGCUUCUCGUGGAAUGAAAAUCGAAA